UCAGGUAGCGCGACAGCAACAGCCUUGGUCUGGUGUGACACUUGUCGUCGCCUGUUACUCACGGCUAACAUUAGCUCUGGUCGGGCUCGGUAGGUUUGGGCUGGGUCGGGUCAGUACGUUACUUCCCUCACUUGCCCAGUAAACACUAUGGCGGCUGCGGAUCCCCGGUCCUCGAGUGACGGCGGGGCGGCCAGCAGAGGAGGAUACUCGGCCGGAGAGAGCAGCAGCGACCGCGACGGGCAGGGCGGCAGCAGCGGCGGCGGCGGCAGCGGGGAGGGCGAACGGGAGCGGGACCGGGCCACCUUCGAGUGCAACAUUUGUUUGGACACUGCCAGAGACGCUGUCAUCAGUAUGUGCGGACACUUGUUCUGCUGGCCCUGUCUCCAUCAAUGGUUGGAGACACAGCCCAGCAGGCAGCAGUGUCCUGUUUGUAAAGCAGGCAUCAGCAGGGAGAAAGUCAUCCCGCUGUACGGCAGAGGAAGCUCCAGCCAGGAAGACCCCAGGUUGAAAACUCCACCUCGGCCUCAGGGACAGAGAACAGAGCCAGAGAGUCGAGGCGGGAUGUUUCAGGGCUUUGGGGACACUGGCUUUCACAUGUCUUUCGGCAUCGGUGCUUUCCCCUUCGGCUUUUUCACCACAGUCUUCAACGCCAACGACCCUUUUCACAGAGCAGACCAGUACGCAGGCGAUCACCAAGGCAAUGGCAACCUCAACAACGGCAAUAACAACUGGCAAGACUCCCUCUUCCUCUUCGUGGCCAUCUUCUUCUUCUUCUGGCUGCUGAGCGUGUGAUGGAGAGCAGACGGGAUGGGUGGGUGGAUGGAUCAACAAGAGGAUCGAUGAGCGGAAGGGAGGAGCGCAAUAAAACAAAACAAAAAACAAACAAAAAAAAAAACUCACACACUAAACUCCAGCCACAGACACACACUCAUUUGACAUUUCCCAGCAGGUACUAACUUGGGAGAGAGCGGAGGAUUGUGUUUGAUUCCAAAACAAGAAAUACAGGAUGUAUUAUACACACUAUAUUUGGUUUUCUCCUCCUGGCAAAGGCAGAUUCGCUUCAGGAAUCUCAGCCCCACCCACCUGCUUUGCUGAUUUUGUUUAUGCAAGACGCACUCACUGGAAAGCAGUGGUGUGUGAACCCCGAAAAAAGUCAUAUUGGCCCUCCCUCUCUACAUGCACCUGUAGAUAAAUAACUACAAAAAUAACUUGGGGUUCGGAGACAGUAUUAAGUGAUCAGGGUAAGCUAUGUAAAGGAUUUUUUUGCGCAGAAAAGAGGUGGGUGGAGGAUAAUUCAGGGCAGUGACUAAUUCUGUUUUGGUUUUUCACAUUCCUCUUGAAGGUUUAGUAAGCCAAGAGACAGAGGAGGAGGCACGUUGUGGAAAGUUUAACGGGCUAAAACAGGGAAGACGGGGUAUGAGAUUACGUAGUGGUUGCCAUAGCAACUCUUCCUUCAAAAGGCCAAAGAGUAGUGGAUCAGUCAUGUACGAUGUCGGGUGGGUGGGUGAAAAAUGUAAGUUAUGUUCCUGUUUACAGUUUCCUCAAAAAUUGAACAAGUACUCCUUAAAAUGGAUCGACGGAUAGAAACAGCACAGGUGGAUGCAUUUCUUAUAUACAUUUGUCUUAACAAAACCUGCCAUUGCACUGUGAAGUCAUUUGUAGAUGAGGCUGUCCUAAAGAUUGGUGUGUUCGCUGGUGUUUAACCACUUGUCGUGUCUUUCCUCACAAAGCUGUACAGACGUGAAUGGGUGUGCCGUCAAAGGGUCGGUUUGGGAGAUUUUUGCAUCAACACGAGCAACUUAGGAGAGAAAAAAGCAAUCUGACGCACAGUUUGUUGAUUACAGAGCAAAAGUUCUGGCUGAUAAAGGAGCUUGAUGAUAUGCUGCACUGUGUGUCACGACAGCAGAGUCGAUGCACUGUAACAAGUGAGGAGAAACAAGGUCAGCGUGUUAGAAUUUACAGGAAUGACGUGCAGCAGUUCAAUGAACUUUCUGUCGCAGUUGAUUUGUUUUCUUCCUGACUGUAUGUGUCUGUGUGUCUGAGUGAGUGUGUAAACAUUAUAUAUUUGUACAUAUGAAUAUUGUAAAUGCUGUUUUUACGUGUUUUCUGAGUGGAUGAGCAGCCACAGAGGGCAACGGAGGACGAGGCGAGCGAGGGGGCCCUCAAGAUGUUUUUGUAAAGUUAGAAACAAUUCCUGGUUUUUCAUCAGUUCCCUCCUUUUUACUCGAGAAAAGUCUCGCAGCCAAAGUUAAUAACUCUUCUGCCAACCUCUCCUUCAAGUUAAGGCGAGACAUUCCAGGUGAAAACAGUUUCCAUGCGCUGUCAGUCUUGAGAUUUUGGGCUAAUUUUGCUUCCAUAACAUGUCCAAAAUACACAAAUGUGAAAAAAAAAACGACUUUUUUUGUAUGGCUGUUGACAGUAUUUUCUGAUUUAUGGAGUGAUAAUAUUCCCUCUGUAAAACCUUUGACUCUUAAUAUGUCAACAAAAUCAAACAAGAACUUUGAACCCAGCUUUAUCCAAUGUUAGUCAGGAAACAUACGCAAAUUAGUGUAUAACUAAUUAAAUAAUUUGCAUAAUUAAACAUAUAAUGUCAGAAAACUUGUAAUACAAAAAAUAACAGUGUUAAUGUUAGUAAUAAAUUAGGGAAGUUUCAUGGUGAUGGUUAAAUUUAGUUACUUUUUUUUUACCCUAUUCACUUGUUGUUUCUUAUUAUUUGUCUAAAAAAAAAAUUACAUUUUACAAUACAUAUCUUUAAAGUCUGAGCCAGAAAUCAACAUUUCAGUUGCACUUACAUACACCAAAUUUUCCAGUUUUAUUCUCAUACAUAUUCUGUUGGUUUUUACAAAGGGGUUUGUUUAUAUAUCAUUCACAGACUGAUUUAUGUAACUUUUAUUCCUAAAAUCAUUAAGAAAUUAGAUUUUUUUUUUUUUUUUUUUCAUUAUUGCUGCUGACAGUAUUUUCUGAUUUAUGGAGAGGUGAUAGAGAUAUCAAAAAAUCCUCCUUUGAGCCUCCUUUCCUUCUAUAACAGAAUUUUGAAUCUGGCAUUGUCCAUUGUUCAGAUUUCCUUUCUGUGCAAAUCUGUGCAUGUUUAACUAGAUACCGCCUCAUCUGCACAUUUAAACAUUUGAGAAAACUUGUAAAACAAUAAAUAAUUUUCUUAAUGUACGUAAUCAACUUGGGAAGUUUCAUGGUGAUAUUUAUUAAUUAAAAAAAUGUACCCUAUUCACCUGGGGUGUCUCCUCUUAAAUGUUAUGAGCGCAACACAGUGCGUGCUUCACUGCUAAUGUGAUUUGAUCUAUGACACCGUGCACGUCAAAGAUCUCCCUUUUACUGUUAUACUGUUUGAAGCAGUCGAGCAAAACUAAAGUAACAUACAUUUGUCUUACUAAUUGACACCUUAAGCAAGAAGUGCUUCUCUCAAUUACUUUAACCCCACACCGUGUAGUUUUCUCUCUCUCUGCAGCCACAGAAGUCUUCACACAGCUUUCUUCUCAUUCACAGUAAUGCUCCCCAACACCUGUAAAAAGACUAUCACCUGAGUUUAGCUGAUCUAGAUGUAAUCAAUCAGGUGUUUGGCUUGUAAACAUUCACACCAGGGUCAGAGAUGGAGACAGAGGGCUCUGUGGGAUGUCUGACACGAUGGCUGCUGGGGCUCGUCAUUUCUCGCAUACUUGUCUGUCCAAGCUACACUUUGUAUUGUAAGGCUUAUGUGACACUAAAACAAGUGAUGGAAGUCAUGAUUUGACAGACUAAAACUGGAGACGUUGUGCAAAACCAAAUGAUGUAGGAGAUUAAAAACUUGAUAAAAACA